AUGGAUGAUUUAUUACCAAAUCCAAACUCAGGCACCAGUAAUAAUAACAACAAUAAUAAUAAUAAUAACAACAACAAUAAUUUAAUAUCAACAGAAAAUGUAAGGUAUGAAAAAGCAUUAAUUAGACCAUUACCAACUACAGUCUAUUAUGGGUUAGAGUAUCCAGCAAAUGUACAAAACCCAGAUAGGGCUAUUGAAUCAGUAGGUGGUUUAUCAAAGAUUACCAAAGUUAUCAAGUCACGUGAAAAAGAAUAUUUACAAUUAAAAUUUAGACCAAAUAACCCAACAUGCAAACCUACUUUUGGAACAAAGUCACCCACAUGCAGUGUUUUAUUAAGGAUAAGAGCCAUUAAACCACAACCACCAGCAAAUAAUGAUAGUCUCGAUUUCGACUCACCAAAACCAAUUUUAACACCAAUAACACCAAUGUCAGCAACACAACAACAACAUUCACAAUCACAACAAGGAAACCCUGAUGAUAAUGAAAAACAAAAAUUCGAAGCAUCAGUUAUAGCAUUGGUACCAACAACAAUUAAAUUUGACGGUCUUUGCGACUUCCAAUAUUUAAUUAAAGACAAUAAAGAAACAAAUAAAAAAAGUCAAUAUUACGCUCAAAACGAUAACGAAUUGGCAAGAGAUGAACCUAUGAAUCUAAUCCCACCUUUAUUUUCACGUGUCGAUUUCCCAAUGAACUAUCAAUUUAAAUCAAACCCACAUGCACAAUUUGACCCAGAAACUAAACAAUUCUUAAUCUCAAAACAACCAAUACGUAAAUCUGUUGCACACUGUCACUUUGAUGGUGAAAUUCCAACCAAACCAAUUAAUUUACCAAGUCAAUUCCAAAUUAGCGAUUUGAUGAAAAAGACAUUAGAACUUUUAAAAAAACUAUUUGAAAAAAGACCAAUUUGGUUAUCUGUAGUAUUGAUUGAUAAUGUUCAAAAAUCGGGUGGUUUAUUAACUCACAUAAAGAAACUAUUACCUUCAGUAGCAUUCAAUUAUGUCGAUGGCCCUUGGAGAAAGUGUUGGGUAAGACUAGGUUAUGACCCAAGAAUUCAUCCAGAAACCUAUCAAUAUCAAGUUAUCGACUUUAGAAUUUCUGACCAAGAAACACAAUUUACAACCAAUAUGGGUUACAAAAACUCAUCAUUAAUGUCACCAUCAAAAACAAACUCACCAUUUCGAACAAUAUCAACUCACUCCCAAUCUCAAUCCCAAACUAUAAUUCAAACUCAAAAAGAUAAUGAUGAUUAUAAUGAAAAUAAUAAUGGUGAAAACUCAACUGAAAAUAAUAACAAUAAUAGUGAUAAUAAUAAUAUUAACAAUAACAAUAACAAUAACAAUAAUAGCGAAAAUGAUAAUAGUAAUGAAAGCAAUAUAAUGGAUACAAGUGCAGAUAAUAAAAAUACACAAACAUCACCACCAAUAAUACAAAGUAUACCUUUAUUUAAUAGUGACCAAACUCAAAAAGUUAAUCCAUCUAGAAAAAAGAAUUUGGUAAUUAAUACAUUUGAAUUUCAAACAUCAAAAACCGAUACACCACAAAUUCCAUCAAGUUACGAAGGUUACGAUUAUACAUUUAAAACUCCACCAUCGCAUUUUAACUCACUUUACCAAAUUUGUGAUAUUGAAGAACCUAAAAUCAAAGCCUAUUUCAGUCAACAACCAGUUCAAAACUUAUGUCUUAAAAGGUAUGGUUGGCUUACAGAAUCAUCAUUCAAAGAAGGUAUUGAAAGAAUGAAAAAUAGGUAUGGAUUGACUGACUAUAGAAUGAGACAUAGGGGCAAGCGUGAUCAAUCUAAGCAAAACAAUCAACAAAAUCAAAAUUCUAUUGAAAAACAAUCACCACCAUCUGACAAGGAAGAAACCUCUUUAAUACCCGAAAAAAGAAUUGAUGUUGAAACUACCAGAGAAGCUUUUGAACAAUUAGAUAGAGAUAAUAAAUUUAUUAGUAUGAAAAAAGACAUUGAUCCAUUUGGUAACCCUCAAAUUGGUGGAUUUGACGACGAUGGCGAUACUUUUCAAAUUCUUGGCGAUGACGAUGAAAUGCCCAAUGAUAAUCUUUUAGGUGUUUUCUCUUUAACAAAUAUAGACAGCAACAGUUUGAACUCUAUUGGGGAAGACGACGCCGACGAGGAGGAAGAGGAAGAUGAAGAUGAAGAUGACGAUGAAGAUGAAGACGAUGAAGAUGAUGAGGAUGAAGAGGACGAAGAUGAUUAAAUAUAAAAAAAUAUAAAAAUAAAAAAAGAAAUUCUCUAAAAAA